UUUUGGUCCAUUUAUGAGCGAGCGUGCCGCGCUCGCGCAGAGAACUCGCGGCAAAGUCAGGCUGAGAGGAGUUCAGCAUCCACGGCUCUUGAAGGUUUAUUGACCUACAGUGCACUAUAAAGAUGGCAUCCUCUGGCGAUAUGCAGGUGAAGGAGCUAGACAAGCGGGCCUCUGGCCAGGCCUUUGAGGUGAUCCUGGGGGCUCCAGCUCCAGAUGCCAAGGGUGAGUUCCCCUUGUCUCCUCCCAAGAAGAAGGAUGUGUCGCUGGAGGAGAUCCAGAGGAAGCUGGAGGCUGCAGAGGAGAGACGCAAGAAUCAUGAAGCAGAGGUUCUGAAGCACUUAGCUGAGAAGCGUGAGCAUGAAAAGGAGGUGCUGCAGAAAGCUAUGGAGGAAAACAACAACUUCAGCAAGAUGGCAGAGGAAAAGCUCAAUCAGAAGAUGGAGGCCAACAAAGAGAACCGCACAGCAAUUAUGGCAGCGAUGAAUGAGAAAUUCAAGGAGAAGGACAAGAAGUUGGAAGAGGUGCGAAAGAACAAGGAAACCAAAGAGGGCACCUCAGAAGACUGAACUUUACAAAUUGGGGAUUGUAUAGGGUUUUUUACGUAUCCAAAGAUUGAUUUAUUUUUUGUUUGAUGGCCAGUAUUUUUGUUGUGUUCACUACCCACCUUUUUGAAAUAAGAAAAACAAGUUCCACUUUGUGAAUUUUUUCAAUUCUCCUUCUCUGCUAUAAGUGUACUUGCGCUGGUUUUACAUGUGGAUCAUUUCCCCCCUUUUUUGAGUCUAAUCCAUUUAGGAUAUGUAGCUUGUCAAUGCAGCUUCUGCCCUUUUAAAAAUUAGCAGUGUAUACUUAUCCUUUUGAGGAAGCAUGUUUCUAUGCAUAAGUCUCUUAUUCCUGCCUAUUCCAUAGUGCGUUUUGGAAAUGUCCUUGUGAACCACACCUGUUGUUGGCACUUAUUUAAAAAGUAGCACACAGCUUGAUCAAGGUGUCAGCUGUUUUAGGUGCAGGUGUUUAGUGCAGCUUUGCUACCCAGAAUAUGCUAGUUUUGCUCCUAAAGAUCAUUUUUGUGCCGCUGCUGUUCUUUGCUUUUGUAAGAUUAUGGGGGUUUAUCUCAAAGCACAUGACUUCUUGCUGUAUAGCUGUGAAUCAACUUUGCCAGACAUGUAAAUGGAUGCCAUCUGGGACAUGACUGGAACGGGGGUCUACACAUGGAAUGCAAAAGAGCAAUACACUUUGGCAUCUUAAUAGAUACAGUAACUAGUUGACUUGAACUGUUGUACUAAAACAAAAUAAAAAAAAAAAUGUGAACACA